GGUUUCUUAGCAACGAAUCAGGUCUUCGCUACGUACGGUUGCUUGGAGACGACGUCGCGUCUCUCUCCUCUGGCCUCAUUCUUUCUCUCCCCAUCCAGGCUGUUUCCCAUAGUGGCCAUGGCCAAGUUCGUUAUUGCGGGUAGUGCAUCUUGCCCAUACUUUGCUAAGGCAGAACUUCUGGCAGAUUUUCUGCAGAAAAAUCUACCUGAUUUCCAGAUACACAAAAUUACUCAACACCCUGAUGUUUGGAAGCAAUGGCUGAAAGAUCUAUGUAAGAAGAAUCAAUGGAAUCACGAAAGUUCUCCUAUAAUUUGGAGAGAGUUAUUGGACCGUGGGGGAAAGGGUCUUCUUCUGGGAGGAUGUAAUGAGUUCUUGGAGCAUGCCCAGCUUUACUAUGGUGUCACCUCAGAGAUGAUGACCUCUCAGAUGCUGAUUAUUGCUGGCGAGAACUUGGAGACACAUAUAGAAAUUGAGCAAGAGAAAGAAGACCUUAAAAAGAUCAGUCCACUAAGGGUCUGGAUCACCGGUGCAUCUUGUCCUACUUGCUACAACCUGAUUCCAUUACUGGUCAAUGGAGAAGUGUUUGGUAUGGAUAAAGAAAUUAGCAUCCAUCUCCUAAAUAACAACUUUGAAGAAGACAGUCUCAGUGCCACUGUGAUGGAAGGCCAAGACCUGGCAGCGCCUCUUCUUCGGGAAAUCUCCACGUGCACAGUAAUAGAAGAGGCCUUUUUUGAGGCUGAGGUUAUCAUCAUACUUAAUGAUGAUAUUGAUAAUGAGUCUGAGUCUCUAGAAAAUAGAAUCAGAGCUAGGCUUCCUCUGUGUCAAUUAUUUGGAUCCCUGAUUGAGAAAAAUGCUCGUCGAACUGUGAAAGUUAUUGUGGCAACAAAGACCUUUCUAAAUCUCACCACCAGUUUGCUCAUUACAUAUACACCAUCAAUUAACCCACGGAACAUCAUUGCUGUGGCCAUGCUGAUGGAAAACGAAGCAAAAGCCACGUUGGCCAGAAAACUGAAAACAACAGCAUCUGACAUCAAAGAUGUGAUAAUUUGGGGUAAUCUUACUGGCUCUCAUUAUGUUGACCUAAGGAAAGCAAAAGUUUUCAGAUAUAACAGUGCCAUUUGGGGACCUCCAAGCUAUUCACGUUACCUAUUAAACUUGAUAUUUGAUAGUGAGUGGAUUAGCAAAGAAUUCGUGAAGUCCUUCAAUGUGUUGAGUUCGACAAGGUGUUUCCAAAGGGGUAUGUCAUCGGCACACAGUGUGGCUACUGUACUGAAGUUCUGGUACCGCGAUUCCCCUCCAGGAGAGAUUUUCUCUCUAGGAAUAAUGAGUGAAGGUGAAUUUGGCACACCUGAGGGAAUGGUGUAUUCCAUGCCAGUACAAUGCAUGAAUGGGGUGUGGUUUCCUCGUACGGAUUUGCCUGAUACUGAAUUAACUGAAGAUGUUAAGAGGGCAAUAAUCCAUGAUCUCGAACAGGAAAAGCUAAUUGCAUUUGGAGAAGUAUUAACUUACCAGCCAUACAUUCCAGAAUUUCUCAACACAGGUUCUGUAGAAGUCUCAGAAGCUCAGAGUAGCCAAGAUCCCUUAGAAGGAACUGAAAAUGAAUCCCCAGAUAACUAAAAGAAGAAUGCAGGCCAAGAAUUACAUCGUUUGGAAGCAAGAUAUGAUGUAACAGGGGGUUACAGAUGUCUACACUUGGAAAAAAUACUGAGAUGAAAGAUUAAAUGAGUUUCAGAAUAUAACAAUAGGUAACUUCAUGAGUGGCAACAUUAAUGAAUUGUCAAAAGGAACCUAUUUUCCAUCUAUA